AUGCUUUCUCACAGGGCCAAUUCCAAGAAAACACCAAUCGCAAAGAGUUUUAUUACACUCGCAAACACCCUAUGCACUAUAUCAGAACAAAGAUGCUACGACAAAGACGCACAAAGACGAGCACUAGCAGCUAUUGAUACAUGUCGCAAAUUUCGCUUCGCCGAACUCGCCUUCAAGGAACGUGCGGUCAAAAGAAGAGAGUCGAAAUGUCUUAAUGGCUUACAAACGGAUAUGGUGUCUCGGUUGCCAACAGAGAUCUAUGCCAUGAUAAUCAAGUACCUCGUCAACGAUAACAAUGGGAAGUCCCCGGAGGAGAUGAAAUUACGAGCCCGUACUUUGACAUCUCUGGCAUCUACUUGUAGAAUCUUCCAGAUACUUUGUGAGAAGUACCUGUACACAAACCUCAGAUCCCAACGAUUAUCGGAAAGUGUCCAAUCACAGUGGCUUCUUUAUUUCGCUCUGGCUGUUGAACCCCGCAGAGCUCAUACUAUCAGGUCACUGAGAUGCGAAUCCUGGCCACCUUGCUUCCAGUACGAAGCAUGGUUAGAGACCCUCAGGCUAUGUACCAACCUCACUCACCUUGAACUGGUUUGGACAUACUCGACUCCCAAGAACAUCGUAGAGCGGUUGGGUAACAUGGUUGCCGAUUGUCCCAAGGUUAGUGAGUUCAGCUACGGGGGCUUGUGGACCUGGAAUUUGUUUCAUGAGUCUCGGGCCACGACUGUCGAGAAAACAGCAAAGUUUUCGCAUCGAUACACAAAAUUUGCGAAACAGCUUUGCCACUUGGACAUAUCUGGGUCAAUCAACUGCAUCACAGAGAUUCUUCACUUUGAUUACCCAGAUCUCAAGUCUCUCACUGUUGACAUAGUGGACUGUGUAAAGGGAGAUGAAUUCUUUCAGGACCUGUCUUCUCAUACUCCCAGUUUAGAAAGAUUGGAAUUACAUUGGGUCGAAGAACUGUCUCUAAAUGACCUGCGAAUGGGAUUCAAAGCAUGGGGGAAAACAUUACGGUCUCUUGCUAUCAACCACCCCAUAAUCAGGUAUCUCAGUGACGGAAUCCUGGCUCAUAUAUUGCCCCAUCUUCCAAGAUUGGAGGAGCCUUGCUUGGGUCCGCAACCGAGAUUCUGUCUCUUAGAUCUCCAUGCCAUAGCUCAGCCGGACGCUCCACGCCUGAAAGCGUUUCGAUGGCGAGUUGAUGAAGCGAUGUUCCAUGACCCAUUGGCAAAUUCAGAAACCGUCAACCAGGCCAUCAUUGAUAUCUUUAUUACGCAUUCCGAGACUCUCAAUACCUUCAUUAUAGAUCAAGAAUUCGACUUUUGGAACUUCGGCACGGACAUUUUCAAGCACCUCCAGAAGGCAAAGAACUUGGAGAACCUUCGGGUACCGUUGCACGAUAUACCUACCAAAGAAGAGAUCCAAGGUCUUAUCACUGCAUGUCCGAAGCUCGGAAAGCCAGACACAAGACUAGUGGUGGUUAGAGAGUUCUUGACUGAGUGCACCUUGACGACUAUAAACUACGAGGAGGAUAAUGUAGAGGUGGUAGAGACAAGCUGGGGAAGUGUACGCCAUCCUAUGAGAUGGUCAUAG